AUGGACUGGGAGCGCAUGGAUCCCGCCGAAGGCCGGUCGGUCACCCCGGAUAUCAUGAACGAUCCGGCCUUCGAGACAAACUACGGACAAAGAGCAGGAGGCCCAGAAGAAGCAGACACCUGCCGGAUAUGUCGUGGAGAGGGGACCGAAGACGAACAGCUGUUUUACCCCUGCAAGUGCAGUGGGAGCAUCAAAUUCGUCCAUCAGAACUGUCUCAUGGACUGGCUCUCCCACUCACAAAAGAAGCACUGUGAGCUGUGCAAGACCCCUUUUCGAUUUACGAAGCUUUAUGACCCGAAUAUGCCCAGCGAGUUGCCUGUACCGGUAUUUGUGAAGGAACUGUUUCUACAUGCUUGCCGGGCGAUACUUACGUGGCUGCGGUUUGGCCUGGUUGCCUUUGUGUGGCUCGGGUUGCUCCCAUGGUCGAUGAGAACUAUAUGGAGAGGUCUGUUCUGGCUUGCAGACGGAAGGUGGCCCGCUCCAGACACAAUACAGAGGCCUAUUUCAUCGGUUGCCAACAGAAGUGUGGCAUGGCUAGCUGCUCAUGGAACAUCUCCUGCGACACCAACCCUUGCAUGGGACAUACCUAGCAUGUCCGCUGCUACCGGGAGCGUUCUGGCGGAAAGCGCUCCACCUCAGAGUGCUCCUUCGAUGCUCAACUUUUCCACCGGCGAACCGUUGAUAUACUCCAUUGCGAAAACCUUCCUCUCUAAUGCCUUCUCCGCCCCCACAUCUCCGAGUGCGAACCAGUCAGCUGCUGCUGCACCAAUCAAGCGCAUACGACAGCCAUCUUGGCUCUCAGAUAUGACCUUUUUAAAUAAUGUCACCUCUUCACCAACACUGAAUAACAUCAUCAUCGAUACCUUGGAAGGGCAGCUUAUCACCCUGCUUGUUGUCAUAUCUUUUAUCCUUGUGUUUUUGAUUAGAGAAUGGGUUGUCCAACAGCAACCCGCAAUUAACAUCCCUGAAGGCGAGGGGGAGGCUCUGGGUCAGCUCCUAAACCGUGCCAUGGAGCAGAACGUGGCAGAGCAAGAGGAAGAAACAGAAGAUGACGAAGAGGAGGAGGACGAGGACGAAGAAGAAGAAGAUGAGGAGGAGGGUGAAGAGAUUGCUGGUGAAGUCGAUGCCCAUGAACCUGAAGAGCAUCAACAGCAAGAAUCGGAUCGUGAACCUCAAAUUGGACUCGAUGAUAAUACCCCUGUGCAAAGAAGAGGCAUUUUCGAUGAUGACGCCUUCCCUGAUGCGCAGACAUUUAAUCCUUUUGCUCCAAACUACGCUGGCCCAUACCCCGAAAAUUCACCUUACUCUCGCCAUGCCCGCGCACAAGAUCCGCCAAUAUUCCGUGGCAAUUUCCACAAUCAUAACCGACCAUUCCAGAUACCAGCUGAUGCUUCGAACCGACCUAGUAUGUGGGAUGAACCGCAGACAAAUUUUACAGGUCAAUCAGAGGGUAGCCGCCCCAACUACCCCGAAUUUGGAGCGAGCGAGCGUAGGGAAAACGCAGACGAUAGGCCUGAUCAGGGUUCUUCAUCUAGAACGACUAUCGCUGCUGCGCAAGAGAACAUGCCCCCUUUUAACCCAUUUACUGGGCAGGCCCCCCAGUGGAGGUUCCCCGACUUCGAUGAGGAACAUACGCCAUCGACUGAGGAGUCAAGCCAUCAACCACCACGAGCAAUUUCUACCGCCACGGACGCAUAUGAUAGUCAUGCUCAUGCGUCAUUCAACGAGCACGAUCACACAGACAUGGAAGAAGCCGCAGAAACACCUAGUCUAGAUACCCAGCUUCCGGACUCCCAACUGGGGAAUGUGGAUAACAAUGCCUUGAACUCAGAAGUUGCUGCCCCGACCCAUCGUGCUGCUGACAAUGAAUUACAGAAUGAACCAAAUUCUGAGAGACCUACACAAGAGCAAGCAGAAAAUGCUUCAUCAGCACAGCCCGCUGCAGCUGCUCCCAGAGAGGAACUGCUGUAUACUCCUAUAAUCCCACCCAGAAACUUUUUGGCCAGAGCGUUCAACUUCUUCUGGGGUGCCGUUCCAAUUGUGCUCCCAGAGCCGGAAGACGCGGAGGGUGGUGCUGAGCGCCAGCCUGCCCUUAUCCGCCAGCACCAACGUCACAGACGUGGCAACGAUGCAAACGAAGCUGCUAAUCGUGCCCGUGCUGCUGCCGCCGCCAACGACGCUGUGGACAACGACCCUGAAGCAGUUGAAGACGUAGAUGACCUUGAAGGCGUCAUGGAACUUAUUGGCAUGCACGGGCCUUUGUUUGGCCUGCUGCAAAAUGCGGUGUUCAGUGCGCUUUUGAUAUCGUUUACCGUCUCCGUUGGCAUUUGGCUACCCUACCUCUGGGGUAAGAUUGCUCUGGUGAUGCUAGUCAAUCCUAUCGGAUUAUUUAUCAGAGUUCCCCUAACUGCUAUCUCUAUGUUGGCUGAUAUCACCAUCGACCUUAUCCUUGGAUGCUUUGCAUAUGUGGUGUACCUCAUGAAUGUUCUGGUUAGGGCAAUUUUAGCCCAGCUAGGCGUAUUCAUUCCUAGUCUCGGGAAGCUCUCUGCAGCCAACUCCAUUACCUUCGCCUCUCUCUCCUUGAUGGAAGGCAGCAGCCAAAGACUAACAGGAAUUCUCACCACGGUGUUCACAUUCCAUGAAUCCGACCUCCCCAUGUUCUCCGCCAUAUCGCACGAAGCCCUAAAGCUCCACCAAGCCAGAGUCGCCUAUUUUGGCAGCAUACUUUUCAAUGGCGGCAAGGCUCUACUCCGUGAUAUACCCUUGAGCAUAAUCCAAUCAGAGAGCCCUCUUUUGGUAGCUAAAAACUUCCUUAUCAGUGAUUUUCCUCGGAUCCCCGGCUUAAUGAUGACCGCAAUGAAGAGCACUGGAGGUGUUUUUGGCAUCAUCAACUGGCUAACAGAUUGGUCCACUUCGAAUGCGCUGAUGCAAAAGUCUUCAAACUAUGAGCUUAGUCGCUGGAGUUCUAAAGAUCGACUUAUCGCCAUAAUUCUAGGAUACUGCUUUGCUUCCCUUCUGGGCAUUGCAUACCUACGUAUAUCUGGCGUUAUAUCCGGAACUCGCCGUGACGGACACAGAAGAGAUGGUCCUGUUGCUGAGAUUCUGCGCCAGGCAGGUGGUGUGAUGAAGGUUAUCGUUAUAAUUGGGAUUGAAAUGAUUGUCUUCCCAUUGUAUUGCGGUAUCUUGUUAGAUAUUGCUUUACUGCCUCUCUUUGGAAACGGCCUAUUCGCUUCUCGGGCAGCAUUUACUUUGGAGUCCCCGUUAACGUCUCUGUUCGUCCACUGGUUUAUCGGAACCUGUUAUAUGUUUCACUUUGCGCUAUUUGUCUCAAUGUGUCGAAAGAUCAUGCGCAGCGGUGUUCUAUACUUCAUUCGAGAUCCCGAUGAUCCUACAUUCCACCCAGUGCGUGAUGUUCUUGAACGAAGUAUCACCACGCAACUUCGAAAGAUUGCAUUCAGCGCCCUGGUAUACGGAGCGUUGGUUGUUAUCUGCCUGGGUGGGGUUGUUUGGGGCUUGUCCCUUACAUUUAGUGGAAUUCUUCCGGUGUACUGGUCUUCGAACGAACCAGUUCUAGAGUUCCCAGUGGACCUUCUUUUCUAUAAUUUUGUCAUGCCCGUCGCAAUCCGAGCAAUAAAACCUUCCGAUGGAUUGCAUACAAUCUACGACUGGUGGUUCCAUGAGUGCGCUCGAGUCCUUAGGCUCACACAUUUCCUUUUUGGAGAAAGAAAGCCUGAUGAGGAGGGAUAUUAUGAAUACCUUACAUGGAGGGAUGCUUUUGUUAGCUUGUUUGCCAAACAAAAGCCCCAGCCUAGACGUUUCCUCCGUAACGGAAGAUUCGUCCGGGCACCGGCAUCUGACCAAGUGAGAAUACCUAAGGGUGAGCAGGUAUUCGUUGAAGUCAAUGAAAAGAACGAACGAAUAGACGGAAAGCCGGAUAAUGAUGACGGCCGCCAUGGCAAGAAAAAUACCAUGUACUCUCCGGUUUAUGUCCCGCCGAAUUUUCGUGCCAGGAUUUUCGCCUUCUUGCUACUUCUAUGGCUUUUUGCCGCAGCUACGGGCGUUGGGAUUACAAUAAUACCCCUUAUACUUGGACGACGGAUGUUGUCGUGCAUGUUCCCACCUCAUAUCCGUGUUAACGAUAUAUAUGCGCUGUCAGCUGGUGUUUACGCCAUUGGAACAGUAUAUUAUGCAUACCUACACUUCCAUAAAAUAUCUAGCACUCUCCGUGAAGGUAUCCAGCCAUACAUGAGAUCUCCGAAACAAUUACUCUACAAAGCCUGCAACUUGGCACUUCGCGCCGUUCGAGUUGCCUACCUGGCUGCCGCAGUUGGACUGUUCCUCCCUUCCGUUUUUGCCUUAAUUACAGAGUUCUAUCUUUUAAUACCACUACAUACUUAUCUAAGCCCAUCAGAGACGCACGUUAUAUACUUCGUGCAGGACUGGACUCUCGGAAUCCUAUACGCUCGGAUGGCUGUUCGAUUCCUGCUCAGAAAACCUAUGUCUCUUCCGGCCAUGGCGUUGCGCGGCAUUAUUCGGGACGGCUGGACCAAUCCCGAUAUAUGGCUAGCAACAAGAGUCUUUUUCAUCCCUGUGGCUAUCGCUGUCUUCGUUGCUACUACCUGCCCACUCCCCAUCGGCUUUAUUCUCAACUCCACUUUCUUCUCCGAAUCUUCUUCAACAGUCCACUCUCAAGUCUAUCGAUACUCCUAUCCUGCAUUCUUGGUAUUGAUUCUUCUUCUCUGGGGGUUACAUUUGCUUCAACGACAAAUUGGUGUUUGGCGAGUUAGCAUUAGAGAUGAUGUAUAUAUGAUCGGGGAGCGGCUUCACAAUCUCGGCGAAAAACGUGCAAGAAAUGUUGGCACCGCUAGGAGGAUGAUUACUUCGUGA